AUGGAUCACCAUGAAGAUGAGAGCCGCGGUGGAAGUGAAACGCCUAGAAAGCAAGACGAUGAGGAAGCCGUUGCUCGACUUGAGGAAAUGAAGAAAUCUAUUGAGGCAAAAGUUGCUCUUCGUCAAAGCAAUUUGAAUCCUGAAAGGCCUGACUCAGGAUUUCUCAGGACAUUGGAUUCCAGCAUUAAGCGCAAUACAGCAGUUAUUAAAAAAUUAAAGCAGAUAAAUGAAGAACAGAAGGAAGGACUGAUGGAAGACUUGCGAAAUGUGAACCUCAGCAAAUUUGUCAGUGAAGCUGUGACAUCCAUUUGUGAUGCCAAACUUAGAACUUCUGACAUACAAGCGGCUGUUCAGGUAGCUGUUAAAGUUGCAAACUGA